UUUUCUCACAUCAACUGCAGGCAUCCGAUUAGUAGUAAUCAACAGUGCUACAGUGCUCUUAAGUGACGGAGGACCGUUUUUCUUCGGGGUUUCGCGUUUUACCCAUUUUCUUUUAAGUCUUUUGUUUUUUACUGUUACAAAUAUGAAGGAAAGGAGAAAUACGCAGCCGUUGGUGGUGAGAUGUAAACUGGUUCUGGUUGGCGAUGUUCAAUGCGGAAAAACGGCGAUUUUGCAAGUCCUCGCGAAGGAUUGUUAUCCAGAGACCUAUGUGCCCACGGUGUUUGAGAACUACACAGCGUGUCUGGAACUGGAGGAACAGCGUGUGGAGCUCAGUCUGUGGGACACAUCAGGUUCUCCCUACUACGACAACGUUAGGCCUCUCUGUUACAGCGACUCUGACGCGGUGCUCCUCUGUUUCGACAUCAGCCGCCCAGAUAUUUUUGACUGUGGGCUCAAGAAGUGGAAGACAGAGAUCCUAGAUUUCUGCCCCAGCACACGCAUUCUUCUAAUUGGCUGUAAGACCGACCUGCGCACUGAUGUCUGCACCCUGAUGGAGCUGUCCAAUCAGAAACAGGUCCCCAUCACCCAUGAGCAGGGUUCCUCCAUGGCCAAGCAGCUAGGCGCUGAGGCCUACCUGGAGUGUUCAGCGUUCACCUCAGAGAAGAGUAUCCACAGUGUGUUCCGGACGGCCGCCCUGGCUUGCAUCAACAAGCUCCAGCCGCUCCCCAAGACCAGCCCCACCCGACACCUCUCCAAGAGACUCCUCCACCUCCCCAGCCGCUCCGAGCUGCUCUCCUCUACCUUCAAGAAGGAGAAGACCAAGAGCUGCUCCGUCAUGUGAGUGGAGACCCAGGGCGGGGGGUGCCGCUCCCCUCCCACACGCUGCUCCGAUUCCCCAGACCCCCUGACUGUUUGGUUCUGGGAAGGUGGGGGUGGGUUUCAUCACGAUGGCUUAAUCAAGAGAAGGCUCUUCUUCCAUGUUGAAUCCUUCCUCACUCCCCCUCAAAGUGAAAUCAAUUCAGAACAGGUGGACACCUUGCUGUCCACUUUGUCCUGAAGUACUCUCCAGAGCAUAUCUCAUAUUUUUCAGUACUGUAUCUUGGCUUUUUGAUCAUCAGCUAACUAUUGUUCUCACCUGUUACAGUAACGGUAUGCAACCAUGAUGGUGACAUGACAUCCCAAUUAUUUAGGCACAUGGUGAUUUGUCCAAAUUGGAAAAUGUGCAACAAGUGACAAAGUUUUAACCUUGUGAAGAAAAAAUGCCUCUCAAGUCAAAAAAUAUAUCAGACAUUACUGAACAUUGUAUCCCUCCUACACUGCAGAGUGGGAACUAUAAGGUGUAGCAACGUGAGCAAAUGGGUGGUCUCCCAAAUGGGUGUUUGUGCUCUUCUUGAUUUAGGCCCAACGGGGGCUGAUUGAGAGAGGUGUAAAGAGAGGAGUGUUUGAUUUGACCACAGCGAGAACAGAGGGCCAUUACACGUCUCAUUGUCUCGGCCGUGAUAAGAGCAGCAGGUCUAGACAGACAGACA